AUGUCGCCGUGGGCGGCGAGGGCGGAUCAGGAGGCGGCGAGGGCGCGGGCGACGGCGUCGCGGGAGCGAGACGCGGCGGAGCCGCUGUUGCGAGACAAUCCCGAUCGGUUUUGUUUGUUUCCGAUCAAGCACGCGAAGGUUUGGGAGAUGUAUAAGAAGGCGGAGGCGAGUUUUUGGACGGCGGAGGAGGUCGACUUGACGUACGAUUACAGAGAUUGGAUCACAUUGAACGAUAACGAGCAACACUUUAUAUCGCACGUGUUGGCGUUUUUCGCCGCGAGCGACGGCAUCGUGUUGGAGAAUUUAUGCUCUCGGUUCAUGACGGAUGUGCAGCUCCCGGAGGCUCGAUCGUUUUAUGGCUUUCAGCUCGCGAUCGAAAACAUUCACAGCGAGAUGUAUUCGUUGCUCUUGGACACGUACAUUAAGGAUCCAAAGAAGAAAUCCGACUUGUUUCGGGCGAUUCACACGGUGCCCACCGUGGCAAAGAAGGCGGAUUGGGCGCUCAAAUGGAUCGGUAGCGACGCGAGUUUCGCCGAGCGUCUCGUCGGUUUCGCGUGCGUGGAGGGAAUUUUCUUCAGCGGAUCUUUCUGCGCCAUCUUCUGGUUGAAAAAGCGAGGAUUGAUGCGUGGUUUGACAUUUUCCAACGAGCUCAUAAGCCGCGACGAAGGAUUACACUGCGACUUUGCGUGUCUGUUGUAUAGCAUGCUGGAGAAUCCAUUAUCGGAGAAGGUUCUACACCAACUCGUUGGAGAUGCGGUGACAAUAGAGAAAGAGUUCGUGUGCGACGCUCUGAGCUGUUCCCUCGUCGGUAUGAAUGCAAACAUGAUGAGCACGUACAUCGAGUUUGUCGCCGACCGACUUCUCCUUCAGUUGGGCGUGUCGAAGCUUUACAACGCGGUCAAUCCGUUUGAUUGGAUGGAGCUCAUUUCGCUCCAAGGCAAGGCAAACUUUUUCGAACAUCGCGUGGAUCAGUACCAGAAAGCAGGCGUCAUGCAGGGUGGAGAAGAGAAUCACUCGUUCCGCACUGACUGCGAUUUUUAG